AUGCAGGCAACUUUUGGUACGGACGGUGAAGUCAAGGCAAAGGGCAAGGGUGCCGCGCCUGCCGUGGCAGAGGGCCUUGGUGCUUCGAACAUCAAAGGUGUCGAUGACGAGAAAACGAAGAUAGACAUCGCCCACGAGCCCGGGCACCCCAUCGUGCACGAGACACCGAUAACUGGGAGGGGGCCUAAACCUGCCUAUGACCCCGGCUCCGGAGUGCAAACAAUAGCGGAGCCUGGCACAAUUGCAGAAGGCGACACGGUUGCGCACGAGCCCAACAAGUGA